UGCAAUAAGCUAUGAAGCAACUAAUUCCACACUCAUCUGGGCAUUAAGGUACGACGCGACGAAUAACAGCACUAUGAGAUUGCCCCAUAUCGAUGCGAAGGAGGUUACCAUCAACAGGAGGAUAGGAAAUGGAUCCUUCGGAAUAGUGUACGAAGGGAAGUUUUGCAGUAGUGACGUGGCCAUCAAGUGCAUUCACAGCCGGAAUAGUCAUAUAGCCCUGGCCGAGGCAGAACUUCACUCCGAUUUCGAUCACGAGCACAUCAUACGACUCUUCGGCGUCUGCCAUACAGCCGAUGAUGUAUGGAUUGUCAGCGGUAUGACUUCAUUUAAGAGAUAG